UGGAGCCCAUCUACGCGGAUACAUAUGCAGGGCUGCUUGAAUCGGCUGCUCCUGGGUUUUCUCAGGUCUCUUGCGCUUCCGAAUGACUUAACGGCCCCGUUUCUCUACGCAAUGAUUUCCUGUUACCGGAUAAAACGCCCGGUCUAAGAGACACCUAUGCAGCUAUGGUAGCAUACCUUGUGGAUAGCCGCGAUCAUCCCUCGAUGUGCUCGUCAGGGUCCAGUUUACCAUUCAGCUGGGUUGAGCACCUCUGACCUAUGAGGUAAGAUUUCGCCCACACAUUUUCGAAGCUUGUGGCCUUGUAACUCGGAUCUCCCGUCCUGGGCCCUUGCCGCUAUACCUCCUAAGGUGUCAGUAGUGACUACAAAGAGAUACACAGGGCUUCUCCCCCUCUGAACAUGACUUGUCUUCCUUCAUUUUUUCUCUUCACGAGAGAAAGCUUCUAGUCAUUCAUUAAAACCAAGCUAGCAACGCUUGAAGUCUCUCGUUCUCGAGCGCCUCUGUUCUUCUGUACGGCCUCCAACCUGUUCUCUCACUACCCCGUCGUGAUCUCUUCGAGAACGUCCGGUGUUUGUGAUCGCGUGAUCUGUGUUCUUAGUGUUAUCGUGCUUUUGUUUUAUGACAGUGUAUCGUCGGUAUACAGCGGCUGUCAGGUCACGACAAGCAUCCUGACCAUGCCUGGUCAACCUAUAAGCAGAAAGGGGAGCAAUCCAUUCUCCGACAGACAUGAGCAACAUGAACGCCCUUCUACAGGAGGUCCAUUCGCAGACUCUUCAAAGGUGUCUAAUGUAUACCCAUCAUCUCGAACUCUAUCCCAACAUGAUGAGUCUGAGAUAUUCUUCACGCCGCUUGCUACCCCAAUGCCUAGGGAAGCUGUCAGUUCCGGUGUUGCGACGGAAUUAUCUCCUCAGUUUUUUGAGAAAGGUGCAAGCCCAGACGGACUUCCUAGCGCAAUAGGGUCGCCUACGUCGCAAUUUUCGUCGUCGCUACCUACGACGCCUUCAACAGCUCUGUCUGAGGUCGAUGGGUCUGAGUGUGACGAAGAGAGAGAGUUAGAUAUUCAUGAUCUACCUCCACUCACUGUUAACAUAACGAGUUCAGCCCUAGCCGCUGAGGCUAUCGACCCCGAACUCAUAAGGAAGGGAAAAAGAAAAGUCAAGAUACACAAGUACCUUGCAAUAUCGCUCAUCUUUUCCUUAAACUUCAUAUUGAUCUUUGCGACUUGGUACUGGCCUAGAUUCUAUUAUCUUUACCUGCCAUUGAUCUCAUUACCGCUUGUUCUAAAUUGUGUCAUGAUAUUCGAUGUCAUUACCUGGUCAUUGAAGAACACGAUUAUCAAGCCAAAAAAGAUCAUACCUGAGAACCCGGAAGACUUGGUUCUUCUUAUGCCUUGCUACAACGAAAGCUUCGAAGAGUGUACUAGGUCACUAGAUUCGCUUGUCAACCAAGUCAACAUCAGUCAGCAUAAACAAGCAAUCAUGGUUAUCUGUGAUGGCAAGGUUCGCGGGCCUGGUAUGGAGAAGUCCACCGCCGACUACCUCAUGGAGGAUAUCUUUUCCGAUCAAACUGAGCGUAGGAUGCUUCGCGCCGCAUACGUCGCAUGGGAUGGCCAGUCGAUGGAUGUCGAAAUCACAAGGGGAAUGUACAAGGGCAUACCGUUCUAUUGCAUCGUCAAGCAGCAAAAUCAAGGCAAACGAGACAGCUUGAUUGUUGUUCGGUCGUUCGUGCACAACUUCAACCUACGCCACAAACGUCCAAAGGUUAUCUUCAACCCCGAAUUUUUCAAGUCCAUGACAGACUUCUUAGUCAAGGAUGCGAAGAUCAAGCACUGCGAACUGCUAAUUGGCAUGGACGCCGAUACGAUAUUUGCGGAUGAUUGCAUCAGCCAUCUCGUCGACGAGUCUCAUUAUCCUGGUACCGUUGGUGUAUGCGGUUAUGUUGCCGUUGAUUUCUCCACCGGCCACUGGAAUAUCUGGUCCAUCUAUCAAAAUGCUGAAUAUACCAUCGCCCAAGGAUUACGACGUCUUCACCAGAGUCUAUGUACCAAGAAGGUUUCUUGUCUUCCCGGAUGUUGCCAGGCACUUCGUGUUUGCGAGGAGACGUGUGGUGACUUCAUCCUCGUCCAAGAAUUCGGUUACCACCCCAAACCAACGGACGGCAUCAUCAAGCGUAUCCGUGCUACAGCCUCUGAGGACCGCAACCACGUGUGCUUGAUGCUCAUGACAUUCCCCAAGGCUAAAACGCGACAGGCUCUGAGGGCGUACGCUUUCACAGACGUUCCUCACAAUCUCUCGGUCUUUCUCAGUCAACGUCGCCGCUGGACGCUCGGCGCAACAGGCAAUGAUUUGAUGUUGUUCGUCGAAUCAAAAUGGAAUUUCAAUCUUUGGGAACGAAUUGUCGCAUUUUCUAACUGCUUGACCUGGGUCCUUAACUUCUUCGUUAUCGCCAGUUUGGGUUGCAUGAUCUACGCAUUUAUGCAUCAACCCGCUUGGAUCAUCUUGAUUUUCGCGUCCAUUAUGAUCAUUCCCCUGUGCUUCUACUUCACCAUGGUGUUCUGGUUGUGUCGCACUUGGAUUGAGCGUCGCCAAUUCAUGCUAGGCCUAGUCAUUUUCACCACUUGUGGUCCCUUCAUCAACAUCUGUGUCACCCUCUACGCGUGUGUCUACAUGGACAACUUCGGUUGGGGAAAGACGCGCAAAGUUAUCGCCGAGACCGGUGAAGCUGAGGAGCCUGACUGGCAGGCACAGCUCGACCGGUUCGAGGAUGCGCUUAAUAAUGAUGAGAAGAUUAUCGGCACCCUGGUUCCUGACGAGGAGAAUCAAUUGGACCCUGCAGUUUACAGGACGCCAUUCACGGCACCUACUCCUGACCCAAGCAGGCUUACCAGCAGAAACCCCAGCUACAACAUACAACCGCCUACUCCUCCUCCUGGAACCACCGAGCCCAAACCUAAACCUAGCCAUCUUCAGGUACCUGGCCAGGCACCGAGCUUGGCAACGGGCCAGGUAGCGAGCACAUUCAGCACCGACAGCGGGACUGCCAACUAUUAUUUAACACGUCCCGCCCCUACUCAUCUUCCUCCCCAUAUUCUUCACGAUAUCGAAAAAUCAGCAACGUAACGAAGUCACACCAAAAGCUUACUAUGCACCUUGGUAUAUUAUUCACCGAGUUGGAAAAGUUUGUCGGCAAUUCGCGCUAUCCUCCGUUUCCUUUCUUUUCUUAUGUUUAUGAGCUCCAUGCUAUCGGAAGCCAGAUGAGUGAAAUCAUGAUGCACA